AAAACCAAGCAGCACAUCCAACCAAGUCAUCCAUCAGCUCUGCUCACGACUCACAAGCAAGAGCUCAGCUCAAUUGGAGCUCGGUCUCUCGAUUCCCAGGAGGAACGGAACCAAAUUAAGCUCCGUUGGUUGCCUGCCAGUAGCGAGUAGUCCGGACACGGGAUGGGCAACCUCGUCUCGCAGUGCGUCGCGAACGGUGCCGGCGCGCGGCCUCUAGUCGUCGAGCCGGACGGCAGCCGGACGUUGGUGGACAAGAACACCGGGGUCGCAGAGCUGAUGAUCGACGCGCCGGGGCACGUGGUGGCUCGCGCCACGGACGUGGCGAGAGAGCGGCGGGUGCGGGCGAUGGCGGCCGACGAGCUCCUGCGAGCUGGCGUGGUGUACCUCCUCGUGCCGGCCGGCCGGGCCGGUGCGCGGCUGGGAGACCGUGAAGUCGAGGCCAUCGCGCGGUUGGUCUGCGGGAAGAAGAAUUCGACCAAGAGCAGUCCUGGAGGCGGCAAGAGGGUCUUUCCCGACGUCAACGGCGAGGGCAACCACGAUCAUGGAUUUGGGCCCAGGCAAUGGCAACCCGCCCUACAGACUAUCUAUGAGGCCUAGGUUUUCCUUAAGAAGGGAAAUAUAGUUUUUUUUCUUAGAGAGAGAAUAGGAACCCCAUUCAUUCAUUCAUACAUGCAUAUUCUUUUUUCUUGUUCUUCCUUCCGGUGACGAUGGAAGGGCAAGUUGUGCAUACACCCUGUAAAGGCAUAACCCUCUUUGGUGCAGUCAUUUAUAAGAAAUCAGAAGAGUAAAAUGUA